CGCAAUUAAAACCCGUUAUCGCCCAGGGGCCUCACCGCGUUCUCGGUUCUGUUUUCGGGCGCCGGUGAAGGAGGCGAUGGCGCGGCCGAGGUUUUAAGGACCAAGCGGGGAGCCUGCGCUCCUACCCUAUGUUACUUCCUGGCUUGGAUCAGCCCAGUGUGAGGUCACAAGGAGAUUGAUGUCUUUAAGAUACAGACUCCGGACAUUCUCUGCUCCCAGAAUUGCAUGCUCUGACUUUCUGGCUUCAUGUUAUCAAAAAAGAUGAUGGAGGCUUCCUUGCUAUUCAUGUUGCUCUUGGCUUGCACAGCAGGUGCUAAAUUUCACUUUGCUUCCUAUUAUGCUGAUCACAUGGUACUCCAGAAGGAACCAACUCAUGCAAUCGUAUGGGGCUUUGGAGAUCCUGGUUCUAAGGUGAUGCUGACACUCUCCCAGAAUCAUAGUGUUGUGACCAAAAUGGUACAGAUUGAAGAAAACUCUGAGACUUGGAAAAUUAUGCUGGACCCUGUGGCCCAAGGAGGCCCUUAUACUAUAGAGGUACACCAGUACAUCAAAGAAGAAGUGUCCAAUUUGUCAUUAAAAGAUGUCUACUUUGGAGAUGUUUGGAUUUGCAGUGGACAGAGUAACAUGGAGAUGACUGUUUCACAGAUAUUCAAUACUAGCAAGGAGAUGGAAGAUGCAUUCAAGUUUCCUCUUGUGCGGAUAUUUUCCACUGCCCUUAUUCAGUCAGAAGUGGAGCUGCAAGACCUUGGAGGCGUGAACUUGCAGUGGUCCAUUCCAACGGCCAGAAACCUGGGCCAUGGAGACUUCAGCUACUUUUCUGCAGUAUGUUGGCUGUUUGGCCGGUAUUUGUUCGAGAAACUCAAGUACCCCAUAGGGCUGAUAGAUACCUCCUGGGGAGGGACUCCAGUUGAGGCCUGGUCCUCCAAGAAGGCUUUGAAUGAAUGUGGUCUGUUAGAGUAUAUUGAAAGAAGUCCUCCCUCGUACCUUGUUGCUGGUCCCCGAGAAGCAUCCGUGUUGUGGAAUGCAAUGAUUCACCCUUUCGUCAAUAUGACCAUCCAAGGAGUUAUAUGGUAUCAAGGGGAAGCCAACACUCUUAUGAACACUGAUAUGUACAAUUGCACCUUCCCUGCACUCAUUGACGAUUGGCGAAAAGCCUUUCAUGAAGGAUCCGAUGGUCAAACCAACAAGCAGUUUCCCUUUGGUUUCGUUCAGUUAUGUACAGAUCAGCACGUGCAGAUAAAUGACAACUUUCCACGUAUUCGGUGGCAUCAAACUGCAGACUACGGCUAUGUCCCUAAUAAGAGAAUGUCCAAUACUUUCAUGGCUGUUACCAUAGAUCUUGGUGAUGACGAAUCUCCUUAUGGCAGCAUCCACCCCCGGGAUAAGCGGACUGUGGCCUACAGGUUGCAUCUUGGAGCACUGGCAGUGGCUUAUGGGGAGAAAAGCAUAAUCUUCCAGGGACCCUAUCCUCGGAAAGUGCAAGUGAAUGAAACCCAUAGGCUUCUUAAUAUCACCUUUGAGGAAUGUGUUCAGUUGCGUCACAUGGACAACAAGACUUUUGAGGUGUGUUGCUCUAAUCAGGGAACGUGCAGUUGGAAACCAGCAUGCAUUGUGUCAUCCUCUUCCUACUCGGUAAUCCUGCAGAACCCAACCUGUUCAGGUGGCAUAAAGGGCUUGCGCUACGCCUGGUCUGAAUGGCCUUGUGAAUACAAACAGUGUCCCGUUUACAAUCUACAGGAAUUGCCUGCCCCUCCCUUUAUUACAUUUUCCCAAAAUAACCCUGCAUGGAUUUUGCUGUGAGAGCUGAGAGUGAAAAGAGGAAUCAGCAGCUUAUUUUGCAGACGGAAAAAAAAGAAGUGUGGCGUACACAGCUACAGCUUACUUUUCUUAAAGCAGUAAACCUCUCAGGUUGAUGACUGCAGAGAAGAAUUUUAAAAUGAGCAACCCAGUUACUUACUUGCCAGAAAGGUCAUAGUAGGGAGGGUGGAUCAGACGUUGACAAUUCUUACUCUUGCUACCUGCCUGAGGUGCUGUAAUAACCAGAAUUAUUUUGUAAGUACUUCACUAGAAAUCAAACCACUUCUAAAACAAUCCCUGGUUACCUGCACACAACCAGGAGAGCCAGGAUUCUGAAUGACAAGGCAUGAUGGGUGAUUAAUAAAAGAUUCCUUUGGGAACAUUGA